UCACUUCCUGGUUAGCAUCAGCUGCUCUCAUGGCUGCUCAUUCACAUGUGCGGCUGUUCAUGUUUCUGUGGAUCAUUGGCUCUGUGGCUGCAGGAGAUUUAGAAGAAGUGAAGGCAAAUCCUGGAGAGGACGUCACUCUUCAGUGCAACAGCUCAACAGACGCUGCCCUCACACUGUUAGAGUGGAGCAGACCUGAGCUGGAGGAUUCAGUCUUCUACUUCACAGAUAACAAGUCGAUGGAAAGUGUCCAGGAUCCACGUUAUCACGGUCGUGUUGAGCUGAAAGAUCCAGAGAUGAAGAACGGAGACGCUUCUGUUCUCCUGAAGAACGUCAAUGUCAACGACACGGGAACGUACCAUUGUCAGAAGAGGUGAGGGCAAAGCCUGGAGAAGACGUCACUCUUCAGUGCAACAGCUCCACAGAUGCUGCUGUCACACUGUUACAGUGGAGCAGACCUGAGCUGGAGGGUGACUACGUCUUCUACUCCAGAGAUAACAUGUCGAGGGAAAUCUUCCAGAAUCCACGUUAUCGAGGUCGUGUUGAGCUGAAAGAUCCACAGAUGAAGAACGGAGACGCUUCUGUUCUCCUGAAGAACGUCAACACCAACGACACGGGAACCUACGAGUGUCGGGUUAUAACGCCCUCCAAUAAUCGCAGGAGGAGAGACGUGGGAAACAGAGUGUUGGUGAGCUCCGUCCAUCUGAUCGUCUCUGAAGGUCCUGAGAAGGAAAUCAAGAAUGAACACCAUCAGUAUGGAGACGCCAACGAUGAACCACCAGGGGGUGCCAGAGGACGCGUUGGGUUGGGAGUUAGUGUGGGACUGGUUUGUCUCGUUGUUGUUGUUGUUGUGCUUGUUGUAAAAUGUCAAAGAGCAAGGUGAAGAGAUCAGAAGAGUGUUUCGAUGAAGAGGAAAUGUCCGAACUGAACCCCUGACUCUCCUCUCCUGAAUGUCGACCCUGUCGUGGUGGAGGGUCUUGAUGAAUAACCCAACCACCUGCACUACCUGAGGGGUUCACUACUAUCUAAGUCAGAUUACAGGACUAUCAGGUACUCACGCUGCAGACACACGCUGCUCCAGACCACGUUGUGUUCAGGGUUUAAGCUUAAGAUCAGCAAAUACCGCUGUUCUGUUACUACUUCCUUUGAAAUAUUAAAUCAGAUAAUGAAUGUAUAUUCAGUCUAUGAGAGGUAAUAUUAUCAGCUGUUAUUCAUCAGUAUGAAAUCCAGCACCAGAUACUUUUUACGCUGCUAUGGACAAUCUUGCAAUAAUAUUUUUUUUGCACAUUCUGUGGAAAAUCUUGCACGAAUGUAAAUUCUCAAAAUAUUGAAGUGACUGUUAUUUUGUAUAUAUUGAUUGUUGUGUUUUUAUUUAGGUCUUAAUGUGUGCACAUGUAAAAAUGUG